UCCCAAAUCCAAAACCUCAUCAAAUAAACUUCAUCUUCCUCCUACUCAUCUCAUAUCUCAAAAAGCUACUACGCCUCGACAAAUAAAUCAAAGAAGAAGAGCUUCAAUUCGUUCAUCAAUGGCAGAAAUUGAAAUUGAAAUCGAGAUCCCACCUUACUUCCUGUGCCCCAUCAGUCUGGACAUCAUGCGAGAUCCAGUGACAGUGUCGACGGGCAUCACCUACGAGAGAGAGAGCAUCGAGAAAUGGGUAUUCACACAGAAGAAGGCAAGCUGCCCAGCCACGAAGCAGCAUCUCGACAACCUCGAGCUGACCCCCAACAUCACCCUCCGCCGCCUCAUCCAGUCGUGGUGCACCCUCCACGCCACCCACGGCGUCCAGCGCCUCCCCACCCCCAAGGCCCCCCUCACCCGCCCCCACCUCCUCCACAUCCUCUCCCAGGCCUCCCGCCCCCACCUCCAAUCCCAGGCCCUCCAAACCCUCAAAUCCAUCGCCUCCGACAACCUCACCAACAAGCGCUGCAUGGCCGCCGCCGGCGUCCCCGAGUUUCUCGCCGCCCUCAUCGUCACCAAAUCCUCCUCCCACGACCAAUUAUCCGAUUUCCAGAAAACAUCAGAGGACGCGCUGAGCAUCAUCUACGCCCUACAGCUGCCGGAAUCCGCCCUCAAACCCCUCUGCACCGCCGCAUUCGUCGAAGCCCUAACCCUAAUCAUGCAGAUUGGGAGCUACGAGUCGCAAUCCUACGCCAUCAUGCUACUCAAAUCGAUGCUGGAGGUCGCCGAUCCGUCUCUGCUCAUAACCCUAAAACCCGAAUUCUUCUCGGAGAUAGUUAAGAUUUUGAAGGCGGAAGACAUCUCGAGGAAGGGCAGGAAGUCGGCGCUGAAAGUGCUGAUGGCGGCCUGCCCGUGGGGGCGGAACCGGAUGAAGGCGGUGGAGGCCGGAGUGGUGGCGGUGGUGAUCGACCUUCUCCUGGAUACGAGCGAGAAGAGGGCGUGUGAGAUGAUGCUGACGGUGGUGGACAUGGUAUGCCAGUGCGCGGACGGGAGGUCGGAGCUGCUGGGGCACGCGGCGGGGCUGGCAGUGGUGUCGAAGAAGAUACUGAGGGUGUCGCAGGGGGCGAGCGAGAGGGCGGUGAGGAUCCUGCAUUCGGUGUCGAGGUUCUCGGCCACGGCGGCGGUGCUGGCGGAGAUGAUGCAGAGCGGGGUGGUAGCGAAGCUGUGCCUGGUGAUGCAGGUGGAUUGUGGGGCCAAGACCAAGGAGAAAGCGAGGGAGAUUUUGAAGGCGCAUGCGAGGGCAUGGAGGACUUCGCCUUGCAUACCCUACAAUUUGAUUUCUUCCUAUCCCUCUUGACAAACAACUUUAGGUUUUCUGUUUUUUCACUUGGAAAUUAAACUUUUCCCAAAACAUGUGAAUAAUAUUUGAUUUUUAGAUGAUAGAAUUGGUACCAGGGGCAGGAACUGCCCAUUUUCGGAGACAUUAUUCAAGAAUUCUGAUUAUCAAGAUUUUAGGAAUUCCAAA